AUGCUGUGCCUCUCAGCAAUCGCAGUCCCCGUCUUCCUUGACACCGACACCGACUCGGGCCACCUCGUCCGUCAAUGGGCCCGGACCUAUCACUACGGCCAUAUCAUCCUUCCGGCGGUCUGCAUCGCCACGUGCGGUCUCUACGCAUACAUUGGCUUAAACAAACGCGCCGCGCGCCGCAAGGAUUGGCGUACCUGCGCGGCAGCGGGCGUAGCCACAAUAGCCAUGGUGCCCUUCACCUGGGUCAUCAUGACGCCGACCAACAACACCCUGUUUCGGCUGGAAGCGGCAUCUAUGUCGGCAUCUGAGCCGCCGGCAGACUUGGGUGCGGUGCGAGAGCUCGUGGUGAGAUGGUCCUGGCUGCACGCGACUCGCUCGCUGUUCCCUCUGGUCGGUGCAGUGGUGGGUUUCCAGGGAUUACUCCAUGAUCUUGGCGUUCUGUAG